AUAUUUUUCCAAUUAAAAACAGUUUUCUUGUUACCAAGAAUUCCAAUUAAUAAUGGAAAUCUAAUUUCUUUUUCAUUAAACAAACAUGAUUCUGUUGUUUUGCAUUACAGUAGCUAUUCUCCACAUACCUGCAACAAAACAAACGUCGAUGAAUUCUUGUUUGGACACCAACUGUGAUUCGGAUCAAGAAGUGUAUCAAAGAGAUGUAGACGAUUUAUUCCCAUACUAUAAAAUUGUGGAUCACAUCAGAAGCAGUAGAAACUCCUGGAAACGUCUCCACAAAGACAUCAAAGUCAAUGCUGACGAGAAUAAUAACGGACAUGGUGUGGGGAAGCCAAAAAAACUUUUUCUACCUAUCCUCAUAAUAGCCAGUUCAACGAUAAUAUCAGCGAUAAUAUCAAGAGAUAAUAAAAAAAAAUUGAAAGGUACGAAGAAAUUAUUUAACAGAAAUUCAAAUACAUAAACAUAUGAUGUAUUUAAUAA